AAUGAAAGCCUAGAAUUUACAUAAUUCAAAAAAAAAAAAAGAAAAAAAAAAGCCUAGGGUUUACAAAUUACAUCAGGACCAAACCGGUAGGAUCUGUACUUCUUCCCCUGCACUCCCGGUUUAAAGGCGGCCACCACUUUCUCCACCACCGCCAUUACCGACGUCACCGCUACACCAACCACGCGCUGCGAAAAUCUACUGCAACCACCCUCAAUCAAACCGCAAUUUUCCUCUCUUCUAAGAAAGAAGUACAAACAUGGUGAAAUCAUCGCAGAAGAGGCAGAAGUUCGGGUCAUUUUUCGGCCCGGAACAUACCGCCGGCGUCGGAGAAACUACCCGUAUUGGUAUUACCAAACAACUUCAACAAUUUCGGGCUUCUCACGAUCAAGUUUAUACUUUUGAAGCUAAUAUGACAAACCGUGAACGUGCUGUGGUUCAUCAGGAGUCCAAAAAAAUGGGUAUGAUUUCAAAAAGUACUGGAAAAGGGGUUCAGCGAUGUGUUGCAGUGUACAAAAGCAAGCAAAAGUCCGAUUGCUUAGAGAAAAAGGAAAAUAGUGUGAUAAAAUUCUCAGAAGAAUCUAAAAGGGUCCUGACCGACUUAUUUAUUCAUUAUCCACCUGGUGAGGAUGAAGCUCGAAAACAAAAUUUUAAUAAGCCCAGUGGUAAUAUUCCUAAGUCACGGGAAAGAGAUAAUAUAUUCUGUAUGCCUGUAAUGAGCAAGGCUGAAAUAAAAAAGAAGGUGGAAUUGUUCACGAGCAAAAUACAGAAAACACGGAACUUGAAAGAGAUAUUUGAGAAGAGGUCUAAGCUUCCUAUUGCAAAUUUCCAAGAUAUUAUCACGUCAACAGUCGCAAAUCAUCAGGUCGUGCUCAUAUCUGGAGAGACGGGCUGUGGGAAGACUACACAGGUUCCACAAUAUCUUUUAGAUUGCAUGUGGGCUAGGGGUGAGCCUUGUAAAAUAAUCUGUACACAACCACGACGUAUUUCAGCUACAUCAGUCGCUGAAAGAAUUUCUACUGAAAGAGGAGAAUGUAUUGGAGAAAGUGUUGGAUACAAGAUACGGCUGGAUACCAAAGGUGGAAGAAAUUCAUCCAUCAUAUUUUGCACAAAUGGAAUCAUGCUUAGGGUGCUUGUGGCUAGGGGAUCUAAUAAAUCCCUAUCAGGAGCUGUGGACCUCUCUCAGAUCUCCUACAUCAUUGUGGAUGAGAUUCAUGAAAGGGAUCAACACUGUGACUUUAUGCUUGCGAUUCUCAGAGACUUGCUUCCAACCUAUCCAAAUUUGCGCAUGGUGCUGAUGAGUGCUACACUUGAUGCUGAAAGAUUUUCUCAGUAUUUUGGUGGCUGUCCAAUCAUCCGUGUGCCCGGAUUUACUCAUCCUGUCAAAUCAUUUUACUUGGAGGAAGUUCUGUCCAUUUUGAAAACUCCAGAGAAUGAUCAUCUUAAUUCUAGUUCGUCUAGUCACCUGAAUGAAGAGGGCAGCCUGAGUGAGGAGUCUUGUGUAGCGCUAGAUGAGGCGAUUGCGCUGGCAAGUUCAAAUGAAGAAUUUGACCCUCUCCUAGAAUUAAUUUCUUCUGUAGGAACACCCAAAGCUCUGAACUACCAGCAUUCUUCAACUGGAGUGACCCCUUUAAUGGUAUUUGCUGGUAAGGGGAGAGUUGGAGAUAUGUGUACACUUCUCUCCUUAGGUGCAGACUGCCAUCUGCAGGCCCGUGAUGGAAGCACUGCAUUAGAUUGGGCCAAACGUGAAAAUCAACCUGAAGCUAAAGAAAUCAUAAUGAAACACAUGGUUGAUAGCUCUUCGAGCUCAGUGGAAGAACAGCAGUUGCUUGAAAACUACAUGUCAAGAUUCAAUCCGGAAUUUAUAGAUGUUGUCUUAAUUGGAAAGUUGCUGACAAAGAUAUGCUUGGAGUCGGAGAAUGGAGCUAUUCUUGUAUUUCUUUCAAGCUGGGAAGACAUAAACAGGACUCGAGAGACUUUAUUUGCUAAGCCAUUUUUCAAAGAUUCUUCAAAGUUUCUAAUUUUAUCUCUUCACUCUAUGGUUCCAGCGACCGAGCAAAAGAAAGUCUUUAAAAGGCCACCUGUAGGUUGCCGCAAAAUCAUCCUUUCUACUAAUAUAGCUGAGACUGCCAUCACCAUUGAUGAUGUUGUUUACGUCAUUGAUGGUGGUCGAAUGAAGGAGAAAAGUUAUGAUCCAUACAGUAAUGUGUCAACCCUACAAUCUUCUUGGACUUCAAAAGCAAGUGCAAAGCAGCGGGAGGGACGUGCAGGCCGCUGCCAGCCUGGAGUCUGUUAUCAUCUGUAUUCAAAACUACGAGCGGUCUCACUUCCGGACUUCCAGGUGCCUGAAAUAAGGAGAAUGCCUAUUGAGGAGCUGUGUUUGCAGGUCAAGAUGCUUGAUCCGAAUUGUAAAGUUGAGGAUUUUUUGAAGAAAACCCUAGAUCCUCCGGUAUCUGAGACGAUAAAAAACGCAAUCACUGUUCUCCAAGAAAUUGGUGCGUUGUCACUUGAUGAGCGAUUGACAGAAUUGGGGAAGAAACUGGGUACCUUGCCUGUGCAUCCAUUAACGAGCAAGAUGAUAUUCUUUGCUAUAUUGUUGAACUGCCUUGAUCCGGCAUUGACCCUUGCAUGUGCAGCUGCUUAUAGAGAUCCCUUCACUAUACCCAUGCUACCAAACGACAAGAAAAGAGCAACUGCAGCAAAAGAAGAACUUGCGUCAUUAUAUGGAGGAUACAGUGAUCAAUUGGCGAUCGUUGCAGCAUUUGACUGCUGGAGGAGUGCAAAGGAGAAGGGUCAAGAAUCACGUUUUUGUUCUGAAUAUUUUGUGUCCCCAAGCAUUAUGAAUAUGUUGUCUGGUAUGCGUAAACAACUUGUUAAUGAGUUAAUUAGGACUGGAUGUAUACCAGAAGAUGUGUCAAGCUGUAGUAUGAAUGCGAGAGAACCGGGUAUAAUUCGUGCAAUUCUUGUGGCUGGCUUGUAUCCAAUGGUGGGAAGAUUGCAUGCACCUUUUAAGAGGGGUAGAAAGCUGACUGUGGAGACGGCUAGUGGUGAGGAGGUGCAUUUACAUCCACACUCAAUCAACUCAAAGUUAUGUAUUAACGAAUCUGAUGAACCCCUUCUACUUGUAUAUGAUGAGAUAACUCGUGGGGACAGUGGUUUGAACACAAGGAACAUCACUAUCAUCGGUCCACUUCCUGUAUUAUUACUUGCAACAGACAUUGUUGUGGCACCUGCAAGGGACGACACUGGUAAUGAUAGUGGAAGUGAUGCUGCUGGUGAUGAGGAUAAUGAUGCAGGUGAAAUGGAAGGCAUUGAGAAACUGAGUAAACCGGAAGAGGUCAUGUCAUUGCCUGAGAAUGCUGUUACAUUAAUUGUUGAUCGCUGGCUUUCCUUUGAAUCUACAGCUCUUGAAGUUGCUCAGAUUUACUGUUUGAGAGAGCGGUUGUCUGCAGCUAUCCUUUUCAAAGUAACAAAUCCAAGUUCGGUUCUUCCACCAACUCUCGGAACUUCUGUUUAUGCAAUUGCCUGUCUUCUUGCUUAUGAUGGAAUGAUGGGAGUUUCAUUGAAUGAAUCUGUGGAGACUUUGACUUCGAUGGUACAUAAUACUGAAAUUGGUAACUCGUCUGCAGGGAAGAAAAAAGCAAAUCAUGUUCCAAAAAGCUUCCUCACAUCUCUAAUCAACCAUACUACUCCACAGAUUAGCAAUUCUUCAUCGCGGCCAGCGAGAGCAAUGGGAGGCUCGUCAAAACGACGACGUGGCAAUAAUAAGUCUGGCUAAGGAUGAUACUGUAUAAUUUUAGGGGAAAUGUUCUGAUACUGACACUGCACCUGAUGUGGGUUUUGAGAGGCUUAUGGCAGAAUUGAUACAUAUCUUCUGCCUGUUUUUGGUGUAGUGGUUGGUUAGGUUGCUGCAUUUGGUGAUCCUCUUUUUGCACUGAUGGGAAGCUCAUUUUUGGCAGCCAGAAAGAGCUCAACGUGUGUAGUAACUGCGCGGCCCCUUAUACUAGGCCAUGAUAUGCCAAACUUUCUGUAUAUAGCUCGUUAUAGUACGGCAUUAACACUUGCAUUGAUCCUGUUAAUUUUGUUAGAGCUAGAAUAUUGGCUUCCCCCAAAACGAAUGCGAAGGAGCUAGCAGCAAUUUUGAGUUCUUGCAAUGGUAAGUUCCCCUCGAUAAUUUUGAUCCCAUUUGAAUAUGUUGUCAGAAUUAACUUAGCAGUAUCAACUAUAUUUCAAAGAAUGAGUUUCUAUAGUUUAUCUACAAUCUGUUGAAUACUGAGAAA